AUGGAUACACGAAAGCGUAAAGCUAAACGAAAGACAGUGAGAGAACCCACAACAGAGAGACCCCAACAACCGGACCCCUCCAGCAUAGAGGUGGUUUCGGUGACGGAGGAAGACCUCCCCACUGUUGAGACCCCCAACACACUGAACAUCAGCCCCCUUGACAGCUUUGUCCAAUCAGAGAAACAAUCAACCAAACUUGAAGACCCACAAAUUACAGCUACACCUAGCCUCACCAUGCCAAUUACUAGGGUGCAGACAUUUAUCAAUGAGGAUGACUUGGAGAAAAGCUGGAGGAGCAGACUGUUGGCCCAACGCUUGGAGCUGCUGAUCGCUUUGUGCCUCAUUGUGGUAGUCAUUCUUGCUCUUGGCAUUGGCUUUGGAGUGGGUCUGAGCUGUGUGGGGAAGUUUCAUUGUGGCUCAUCAGCUAAAUGCAUCAGGCUGGCGCAGCAGUGUGAUGGAGAGGUGGACUGUGACCAUGGAGAGGAUGAGCUUGGCUGUGUGCGUCUGAGUGGAAGGAGCUCGGUCCUGCAGGUCCAGAGAGGGGGAGCAUGGAGGACAGUGUGCGCAGAGGGCUGGAACAACUGGCUGGGGAUGUCUGCCUGCAAGCAGCUGGGACAUUCCAGGUAUAUGGAGUCAUUCUUCGUCUCUCUGACCUCCAUUGAGCAGGACCUUCAAUACAGCCUGGUGUCCAUCAACCUGAGCCAGCCACAGAUAAUUCAGCUCCAGAAUGCCACAACCUUCAGUAAGACUCAAUGCAGCUCCAGGAGGGUGACCACUGUGAAAUGUUUGGAGUGCGGUUCCAGACCGCAGUACAACACUCGUAUCGUUGGCGGUAACAUCUCCAAGCCGGGUCAGUUUCCCUGGCAGGUCAGCCUCCACCUCAAUAGUAAACACGUGUGCGGAGGUUCCGUCAUAACAUCACGCUGGGUCCUAACUGCAGCACAUUGUGUGUAUGGGUUUUCAUACCCCUCCAUGUGGGUGGUCCACGUGGGGCUGACGGAGCAGCCUACCCACGGGGCUCAGUCUCUGGCAGUGGAGCAGAUUAUAUACCACACAGGCUAUGGGUCAGGAGAGGACUACGAUGUUGCGCUGAUGAAACUGGCCACAACACUGGCUUUUAAUGGCUUUGUGGCGCCCAUCUGCCUGCCAAACUUUGGGGAGGAGUUUGAGGAGGGCACCAUGUGCUGGAUCUCUGGAUGGGGAGCAACGGAGGAUGAAGGGGAGACCAGUGUGGUUCUGCGCUCGGCAGUGGUGCCCCUGCUCUCCACUAAGACCUGCAACCAGCCGCAGGUUUACCAGGGCCUCAUCUCCUCUUGGAUGAUCUGUGCAGGAUACUUAGAGGGAGGAACUGACUCCUGUCAGGGAGACAGUGGGGGUCCUCUGGCCUGUGAGGACUCGUCUGUAUGGAAGCUGGUUGGUGCGACCAGCUGGGGAAUCGGCUGUGCUAUGAGGAAUAAGCCAGGCGUUUACACGCGCAUCACACAGGCACUCAGCUGGAUCCGCCAGCAGAUGGAGGUCAGUACGCAAUCAGCAUGUCCUUCCUGAACCCUGAACCCUCAGGGACUUAACAGACAUCCCCAUGUCAGUGAUUGAGUGUGAGAGUCUGAGGGCCAUUAUCCCCUUUUGAUCGUCACAUUGCAAUUACUUGUGGGUAAUUCCCAUGGGCUAAGGCUGACUUAUGGUUCAUAAAGGGCUCAAAAUGUCUUUGAGAGCCUCAAAAUCAACAAUUAGACAAUGGGAGAGAACCAAAGCAAAGUUAAAGUACUGAGCCAGACGCCUAUCUG